AUUUUUAGACUUGAGCAAAACUUCGGCGAAUCUAACGGUGGUGUGGCGCGGCGGCUGCGAGCUGAUUCACAACUUUCGGGAAAGAAAUGGCCACCAGAAAGCACUAAAACAGUGUCAGGAGGCGGGAGGAUGUCUGUGGAGGUGGACUUGUUGCUGCAGGAGGCGAAAGAAAGCAUCGAGGCGGCCCAGAACUACCGCAGUGAACUCCAGCAGCGCCUGCAGGGCCUCAACCAGGCCCGCAAACAGGUCCGAGGCAGCUCGGGUCAGGCCCGCGAGGCUCUCCGGCGGCACUUUGCGGAGCUGCAGGCGGCAGCAGGUCGGCUGCUGACGGAGCGUUUGACCGCUCUGCUGGCUGAGGUGGACGCCAUCGAGGCAGACAGCGUCAAACCGCUAGAUGACUGCCAGAGCCUCAUUGAGCACGGGGUGGGCCAGGCUGACGAGCUGCUGAGAGAAGGAGAGGCAGCUCUGCGUUGUGGUCUUGGGGAGAAGGAGGACCAACUGGGCAGUUUCACCAAGAAGGCCAUGCACAUCCAGCUGGACAGUUUACCAGAGGUACCAGCGCUGGUGGACGUGCCGUGUGUUUCAGCCCAGCUGGAUGACUCCCUGCUGGGUCUGCUGAGGGACCGGGUGUCCCGCCACGGCUCCGUCUCCUCCCACCCGCCCGUCCAGAUCGACGAGCUGCAGGAGAGACCGGGCGGCAUCCUGGUCCGCUGGUGUAAGGUGGAUGAGGACUUUGCUGCAGCAGAUUAUCGGCUGCAGUACCGGCGGUCUGGCAGCGGGGGGAGCCAGUAUGAGGACGCCUACAUCGGUCGGGACUGUGAGUUCCUGGUACUCCACCUCGACCCUCACGUUGACUAUCUGUUUAGGGCCUGCGCCCGCGGGGAGGGUCGCACAGAGUGGAGCCCCUGGAGCAUCCCGCAGACAGGAUACACCACACUCGCACCACAUGAGUGGUGUCCGGGCACCGAGGGCUACAUCCUGAGCAGCAGGAGAAACAUCGCUCUGCGCAAUGACUCCUCCCAAACCCGCUGCUCCGUCCUCUACUCCAACGCACCCACCUACUUCUGUGGCCAGACACUGACCUUCAAGAUCGCUGCAGCAGGUCCAAUGGAUCGGGGUGACUGUCUGGGCGUGUGCGUGGACAACCAGAGUGGGGCAGAGUCACUUCAGAGAGACCAGGCCGUCUGCAUUUCCACCAAUGGUGCUGUAUUUGUCAACGGUAAAGAGAUGACCAACCAGCUGCCCGCCAUCACCCUGGGCUCCGCUGUGACCUUUGACAUGGAGGUGGUGAACCUGUUUCCCAUCAGCAACAACAACCUGAGCGAGGGCGGCAACUUCAAGCUGAGGGUGACCAUCGGCUCGGGGAAUCGGGAGGUGGUGUUUGACUGGCUGGUGGACCAGGCGGUGGACUGCCUCUUCUUUGGCUGCUCUUUCGUCCACUCCGGCUGGAAAGUGCUCGUGUUUUAAGAGCGCUCAACUUUAAAACGAGUGACGCAAAAAUUGACCGUUUUAAUCUGCUGGAGUUUAGGAGCUCGGCCAGCUUAAGUUUUUCCUCUUCUGUCGUUUUUUCCUCUCACACCUGAGCCACUUACAGGGCGACACGUCUGGGACCAGACCACAGUGACAAAGCAACAGCUGCGAGCUCACACUGGAAGGCUCAAGCAGAAGUAAAACUUUGUAAAACACAGCAGACUCUUCUGUCCUGCAGGCCCCGUAACCUUUGAGCCAAAGCUAAAGUUUAAUUUCUGUUAGGAGAAGAGCUUGAACUUGUUAAAACUGUAGUUCAUAUGAAGACUACAUACACAAAAAACAAACCUGAUGUGUUGCAUUUAUCAGUUUUACUUCUGCUAAUUCAGCUUGUUUCUUUGAGAGGCACGGAUUCAGUGUGUUUACAUGCACUUACGAUAAGUAGCUGGGUUACUGGCGGCUCUGUUGUAGAACAAAUCUGGUUUGUGUAAUCAGAGAAUAGAUUUCUGCUGGUGAAAAAGCUUUUUAAUAUCUGGGUUUCUAACCAGACCUCAGAGAGGGUGAAGUCGCGCUGUGACCACAGAGUAGUGCGAAGAAACGCCCAUUUGAAGCUUUUAGUUUGUGCAAAGCAAUUUCCUUUCUCUGUAACCUGAUUUCUCUGAGCAGAUUGUUUUUCUCGUGUGCAUGUAAACGCACUGACUGUGACUGGGAGCCCCUCCGGGAGGAAAUGUGAUUGAUCCUUGUGUUUCCAGACUCUUUGUGUAAACCCUGUCAGUGUGGACCUCCUCCAGCAGAAACUGGCUGCAACAGUGAUCCUGCUCGUCUUCAGGGAGCCACGUUAGAGGGCUGAUAUUUGUGUUCUGCACAGCUUCUUGGCUUUUAGUGUAGUUGGAUCCUCGGGCCUUCUUACAAGGUUGGCCAUUGUUUACAGCUUUUUUAAACGUUUUUAUUUGCCGUCUUCCUCGCUGUGGUGAAGAGUUGUAGUUGGCUGUUGAUCUAUGCAUCGUCUUAAUUUAGCUGUAGUACACAACCUGUCAGGACACACAAUGAUAGAUAAGUUGUUAUCUUUUUUUUUUUUUUGGGAGCAGCAGGAAAGCAAAGACGGGCGCGUUACAAUCAGCCUCUUUAAAGGAGUAAAUUGUUGAACCUGCUUGUCUUGUUUAGCCUAACAAAUAAUCCGUCACUGUGAAAGUCACAAGAUGUCUUGUAUGUUUCUUCGCCUCCUAAACUUCGUCAGACAUUUAAAGGAACAGGUCACCAAAAACACAGUACACGAACAUAGUAAUAUUUUUUUUAUUUUUCAUGCCUUCGUACUUUCGUUAGUUGAAGCUUGCUCACAGGCUUGCGACUCUCCCGACCUCUGAGCCGGUCAGACGCUGGAGAAAUCUUUGGAAGAAAAAGUAUCUGAUGAGUCUGAUUGUCGGGAAGCACAGCGGAGGCUGAAAAAUGCCAGAAUCUCUGCAGCUUUUAAUAUGAAAACGCUGGUAGAAGCUUUGUGCUGCUUGUAACCCCUGAAACUCUGAAGACGGCAAAGAAAUGUCUCUUCAAAUGUAAUGACACAGGAAAUCUCGGCCCCCCAUAGCCUGUUGUCUUUAAAAUAAACAUGUCAUUAUCUCAACAUAACAAAGGGAUUUCUUACUAUCAUGACUUUCUAAUGUUUAAUAUUGUAACCAGAUAUACUCAGAUCUCGAGGUGAUCGUCCGAGAUGCUGAGGGAAGACUUAUCCAGAGAUGAUAAUCACGUACGUUGAGUUAAUGUCACAAUUGAAUCUUUAUCUAAACUAAAUCUUGAGCUUAAAGAUUCAUUCUUGAUAUUAAAAAUAGUAGUUUGACUAAAAACGUGUGGAUGAAAGCUCCCGCUUGUUAAGUCAAUGUUAUCUCAAACCCAAAUCUUGAUAUAACUAAAACUAUUUUACUGUCUGCAGGUAGCUUUCGACUUUUUUUUUAGCUCCCUCUGACGGGACAGACGGAGCUCCCGGCCGAAGACAUGAACUUUGUUUUUGGCUGAACUUUCGCCUUUAAAAUAAUCAACUGUUACUUUUGAAUUACUUUUGCAUUGACAAUCCUAAAAUGAUUUUCAAGAGCAUGUUAACUACAUGAUAGUUAUUGAUUAAUCUGUGAGGAACUAAUGAGCCUCGUUCAGUCCAGUUACACAGUCUGACUUAUCAAUGCAUGAUGGCUGCUGUUAUUAAGAGUGGGAUUAAUGUGAGUUAACAGAAUUAAUAAAAAUAUUGGAAAAAAAAUAAAUAUAUAUGUUUGACCUGAGAAAAACAGAAAAACAAGGCUUUGAUAACGUGGAGCUUCAAAUCAGACAGGAAGUCAGUCUCAUUUCCUCCCUUGGUCUUCAAAUACUUUUGUGGGUCCUGUAGAGUAAAAGAAAAACUGUUUAUAUCUAAAUGAGAAGUUCAGUCGGUUAUUUUUAAACAAGAAGUCCGUUCUUAGCUUCUGUGAUGUGAUGUUGCCGUCCAACUAUUGAGUUAAUUCUAUGAGCACUUUCAAAAAGUUGCCAUUAGGGCUGCGAUAAUGAGGAUAAAAUCUAGCAGGUACACCUAUAACAUGUCGGAAAUGUCUCGUUUUGUCCAUCAAAUGGUCAAAAAUACAAAUAUGUUCUAGAUUAAACAGAAAAGCAACAAUUCCUCACAUCUGAGGAGCUGGACCCAGAGAAUAUUUGGCAUUUUUACUUAAAAAAUGUUCUUAUUUUCAUUAAUCAAUCAUCAAAAUAGUCGAGUAAUUGACAAAUCGCUUCUGCAGUUAGCCAACAAAGACACUGAGAGGAACAUUACUUGUGAUACUUGUUCUGUUCUCAAGAUCCUCUUCUGCUUAGAUGUUUUGUGGCGUCACUGCACCCGGCUGCCGGUCACCAACAAAAAAUUCCAGAUUGUAAACUUCUACAGUAUUUUUAUUUUGUACGAAUGAAACAAACAAGAUCCGAAGUGUAACGUGCCGUUUCCCUCCUGCCUCCAGUUUUUUUAUGACGUGAGAGUGGUGUCAAAUCUUCACACCUCACUUUCAGCAAGAAAGCAAAUGUAACCGUAUAACCCAAAAUGUCUGUUCCUUCAAUGACAAAGCUGUUGUACUUUUGUUUUGGCAACACACAAUGUACUUUUUUGGAAAAAUCCCAAGAGCAUUUCAAACUCUGGUAACAUCACGAUGUUCUAUUACGGCAGUCACCAUGUUACUUUCAUGAAUUUAUUUGUCUGCUGUCAAGUUUUAUGCAACAUUGUCAGUUAUUUGAAAAAUAUUUUGUGAAUCCACUCCGGCCGUGCUUAAUGUCUGUACAACAUGUCCGCCCUUGCGAGGUCUGGGUGAAAGCAUUCUGUCUUUCUGUGGGGUUUUCACAACAUUUUGUUUCUCCUACUGAGAAUAAACAUUUCUUGUGUUUUUCCCUGCACACACAGUGGACUGCUGUUGAUAACACAGGAAGCUGUCAUGGGACGCGUUUCACUUUAAAAAUCAGCUCCAUUUCAACCAACCAGCACGUCUACUUCAGCUCUUUUAACAACGUUCCUCAGAGACGUUUUACUUGUUUUUCAGCUGAUCUGAGGUCAGUGUCUUUGUGGAGGACAGUGGAACCUUGGAUGGUUUCAGUUGAUGGUACAGAUUCCCUGAAACCAGUGAACACAACCUGACUUUCUUCUUCUUGCCUGAAGGAGUGAAAGAAAAAACAAAACAAAACAGUGAAUCCUGCAGGUCAAAGUGCCGCAUUGCAUUUGUUCUCACAGCUGUCAUCCUUGAUAUUUUGUUCAAUAAAAGGUCAAACUAAA